CACGUGUACAGUUCUUCGGCUCAAAACUGCUUGGACAACAAGAUUAGCACGACUUUGCAGAGGGUGGCCAGUGAGAGCAAGAAGAAAACCACGAGGAAAGGUUUUACUAGGGCUUUACAAUUUACAUUCCCAGGGAAAAAACCCUCAACGCCUUCCAUUCCCCCCACCAAAGGAAAACACCAAAAAUCCCAAGGACCCUGAGAACCCAGAAAGGUAGAAAAUGAGUUUGUGGAAAGCAAAUUCACUGAGAUCCCUUAGAUACCUCCGCCAGUCCGCCAUUAACGUUAGUGACUCCAUCUCUAGACCUCUCUCUACUUCAUCUUCCCCAUAUUUGAUUCUCAAACAAACCAAUCUUUCUUCUGUAAGGUCUUUUCCGAUUCCCCAAUCCCCUUUCUCCUCCGCUAUUCCAGUCCGCUUUUUCCGCACUGGUCGCGACCCAGGCAUCAGUUAUGAGAUUACGCCGCCGGUGAAUUGGGGGAUCCGGAUAGUGCCGGAGAAGAAGGCGUACGUCAUCGAGAGGUUCGGCAAAUAUGUGAAGACUCUGCCUUCGGGAAUCCAUUUCUUGAUUCCGUUGGUUGAUCGGAUUGCCUACGUGCAUUCCUUGAAGGAGGAGGCUAUUCCUAUUCCCGACCAAUCUGCUAUCACUAAGGAUAAUGUCAAUAUUUUGAUUGACGGGGUUCUCUACAUCAAGAUUGUGGACCCUAAGCUGGCCUCUUAUGGUGUUGAGAAUCCCAUAUUUGCUGUGAUUCAGCUUGCACAAACAACAAUGCGUAGUGAACUUGGUAAGAUCACUCUCGACAAGACGUUUGAGGAAAGAGACACGCUGAAUGAAAAGAUAGUGGAAUCUAUAAAUGUGGCUGCAAAAGACUGGGGCCUGCAGUGCCUCCGUUAUGAAAUACGAGAUAUAUCCCCUCCUCGUGGAGUGAGGGUAGCUAUGGAGAUGCAAGCAGAAGCAGAACGCAAAAAGAGAGCCCAAGUUCUUGAAUCUGAAGGAGAAAGGCAGGCCAACAUCAAUAUUGCUGAUGGAAAGAAGAGUUCUGUAAUCUUACAAUCAGAGGCAGCAAAGAUGGAUCAAAUUAACAGAGCACUAGGUGAAGCAGAAGCCAUCCUUGCUAAAGCCAGAGCAACAGCUGAAGGACUUGCCAUGGUGUCACAGGCACUCAAGGAAAAUGGAGGAGUAGAGGCAGCGAGUUUAAGAAUUGCUGAACAAUAUAUUCAUGCAUUCAGUAAUAUUGCCAAGGAGGGCACAACAAUGUUGCUUCCUAGUGGAGUUGCCAAUCCUUCCAGCAUGAUGGCUCAAGCACUCACCAUGUACAAAAGCUUGAUCGGAAAUGUUUCCAGUGACGGGUCAAACGAAACAUCUUCCCCUGCGUUGACAAUAGGUGUAAAAAGCGAUGCUUCCUCUGGAGAUGAGAGUGCCGUCACUGCUAAAACUGCUGAUAAAGGUCAUCUUGGCGAUAGCAAACCAACAUUCUCACUUCAGAACCCUGAUAAAGGAGCACAUAGUUGAUCCCACCAAACUUCUUGUGGAAUUAAACCAAACUGUGUUAUACUUGGUUUUGUCAAUUUUGUGGUUGUUCCCCUAAUCUGUUUGGCGAAGUUUCUAAAUGAUUUGAGGAGAGGAAAGUCUAUUAUAUAGACUGAUUCUAGGAUGCCUACUCAUUAGGCAGAUCACUUGCCAUGCCAUGUGGCCAAUUAGGAUAAAAUUUCCUUGGUGAAAUCAAAGGAUUUCAAAAUUUUUUGGUCAGAAGCUGUGGAACAUGCAUUUCGCAUUGUCGUUUCUGCGUCAGUCUGUGCAUGUGCCUGCAAAUGGAUUAUGUUUUAUUGAUUCUGACUAUAAAAGUUCCUAUUCAACA